AUGAAAGAAUCUGUUGAAACUAUAACUCAAUGUGAAAUAGAGCAAAGACAGCAGCAGUCACAACAAUUACAAAACCAAAAAAAUGAUUUUAAGAACUUUAAUAAUAGUGUUAAUAAAAUUCAGCGUAAAAAUAUUGAUAUUCCACAUAUCAACAAGUUGCCAGUUAAAGAUGUUUUAAAAAAAAUUAUUUCUUCACGCGAUAUUAAUAAUAAUGACUCAGAAGCAGAACAUGAAAAUGCUUUUUUCGUUGCUGAUCUUGUUCUAAAACUUUUAUCGGCUCUAGGUACAGGCUUUGAUUGUGCUAGUAAAUCUGAAAUUCAAACAAUUUUAGAUUUGGGAGUAGACCCAUCAAGAAUUAUUUACGCAAAUCCAUGUAAACAAGCUUCUUUUAUCAGAUUUGCUUCUGAACAUAAAGUGAAAAUGAUGACUUUUGAUAAUGUUGAGGAAUUGUACAAAAUCAAAAAUUUUUUCCCUGAUGCUCAAUUGGUGUUACGUAUUCUUACUGAUGAUUCAAAAUCAUUAUGUAAAUUGGGGUUGAAAUUUGGUGCAUCAUUAGACUCUGUCGAGUUGCUAUUACAAACUGCUAAAGACCUAGACUUGAAUGUUAUUGGUGUCAGUUUUCAUGUUGGCAGUGGUUGUUACGACGAGAAUGCGUUUGUUGAUGCAGUCUAUCGUGCAAAAUAUGUAUUUGAUAAAGCUUUAAAUUAUGGAUUUAAUUUCACUUUACUUGAUGUUGGCGGUGGAUUUUCUCACGUUCACCAAAGUGUUACUCUUUCAUCUGCAAUCGAUAGACAUUUCCCUGUAGAAACUAAUGUGCGUAUAAUCGCAGAACCUGGUCGUUAUUACGUCGCAGCAGCUUUCACAAUUGCUACUCAUAUUAUUGCAAGAAGAGCUAUCACUGGAAAUCAAAGUGUCGAUAAAAAUGAUAAUGUUGAUAAUAGUCAUAAUGUUAAUGGUAAUAGCGAACCUAAUGUUAAUGGUAAUAGCGAACCUAAUGUUAAUGGUAAUAGCGAGCCUAAUGUUAAUGGUAAUAGUGAGCCUAAUGUUAAUGGUAAUAGUGAGCCUAAUGUUAAUGGUAAUAGUGAGCCUAAUGUUAAUGGUAAUAGUAAGCCUAAUGUUAAUGGUAAUAGUGAACCUAAUGUUAAUGGUAAUAAUGAUCAUGAAUACGAACAAAAUGAUAAAAAGGAGCAAAAAAGUCAAAGCACGAAUAAUGUGUUCAAAGAUUCAUCAUCAUCCGUGAAUGUUCAACCAAAGGUAUUGGUGAAAGAUAAAGUUUUUGUGUUUGGUAAGGAUUUUAGUGAGGAACCUCACUUCGAUUGUAGCAUAUGGGGACCAACAUGUGAUUCAAUUGAUUGUGUUAAGAAAAAAGGAAAUCUACCAAAAUUAUUACAGGGUGAUUGGUUGUAUUUUGAAGAGAUGGGCGCGUAUACGGUCUGCGCUGCUUCUAAAUUUAACGGUUUCAGGAAAAGUACUAUUGAAUACACCACCACUGAUACAGAUGUUUUUAAUUAUCUUUCUGUCUAUAGAGAGGAGAAUAUGAAAGGUGAAAAGAGGGGUAAUGAUAAUCAUGAUGUGAGGAGUGAUGAUAAAGAAGAAAAAAAUAAGAGAUUGAAAUUUCAAUAG